AUGACCUUUACACCUACCAAGCCACCUAUUCUCCUCGUCGUUGACCUUCAUCAGAUCGAGGUCGAUCCACCCUCUUCCUGGGGCCCUCGCUCUACUCCCCACCUCACUUCCAAUGUAUCAACACUUCUCAGCGCCUUCCGUAAACAUUCAUUUCCAAUAAUCCAUAUCCAUCAUCAAUCAAGUGAUCCCAAGGAUGAACUGUACCCUAUCGAGGCCAACGCUAGCUUCAUCGCACCGCAUGCUUGUGCGGCCCCUUUACCAAACGAGCCCAUUCUCAUCAAGAACACUGGCAGUGCAUUUGCAUCUACCAAACUGAAGGAUACUUCCAACGAGCUAGAUUGUAGAGACAGAGAUAUGGUGGUAAUUGGCAUGGAAGGCGCAAAAUGCAUCAACAGCACCGUGAGGGAUGGGAGCGAUUUAGGGUUAAACAUGAUAGUUGUGGUAGACGCAUGUGCGUCGUUCGGAAUUGAUUAUUUCAAGAAGGAGAAGGUAGACGCGGAGGAGGUACAUAAAGUGGCAAUGGGGAUCUUGGACGGCUAUGCUAGACUCGUUGAGACGGAUGAUCUAGUUGAAGAAUUGAGGAAAUGGGACGGGAAGAAUAGCCUCGGUUCCUAA